AUGGCAGAUACACCAGAUAAUAUAACCUCAAAAGAGGAAGCACCGGCACCUAUCAAUGCCAACGACCUCUCAGUCCCAAAAAAACAAACCCAAGAUGUCUCGGAAAACACGUCAACUAUCAGUCUCGACAAUGAAAAGCAGCAGGUCGAGACAGUAGAGGAAGUUCCUCCACGAAAUAUAACCGGUGUCAGAUGGAUAAUCGUAGUACUUGCUAUCCUCAGUUCAACCUUCCUGUUCGCCCUCGACAACACCAUUGUUGCAGACAUCCAGCCCGUCAUUGUAACGCAUUUCGAUGCAGUGGGAAAGCUUACCUGGCUCAGCGUUGCGUUUUUGAUCGGAGCUGCGUCGACGAAUUUGAUAUGGGGAAAGAUCUUUGGCCAGUUCAACGCGAAAUGGACAUACAUUCUCUGCGUCACGCUCUUUGAGCUCGGUUCCGCCGUCUGUGGUGCGGCUCCAUCGAUAGAUGCACUUAUCAUUGGCCGUGCUAUUUGUGGUGUAGGAGGAUCGGGAAUGUACGUUGGAGUAAUGACUCUCCUGGCUGCGACGACCACCAUCCACGAACGGCCCAUGUAUGUUGGAGGAACCGGCUUGACUUGGGGUCUAGGAACGGUGUUAGGUCCUAUCAUUGGCGGUGCCUUCAGUGAUUCUUCGGCAGGAUGGCGCUGGUCGUUCUAUAUCAACCUUUGUAUCGGCGCUCUGUGCGCUCCCGUCUACAUCUUCAUGCUUCCAUCUGUCGAUCCUCGCCCUGGUGUCACCCUCAAGGACCGAGCCCGAGAAAUGGACUACGUUGGCACCAUCCUCACAAUUGGCGCAUUUGUAUCAGGCGUGAUGGCUCUCUCCUUCGGCGGAAUUACAUACCCCUGGGACAGCGGAAAGGUCAUCGGGAUGUUCGUCUGCUCGGGCAUUCUGUUCAUCAUUCUCGGCUUCCAGCAAGUCUACACAGUUUUCACCACCACAUCCCGGCGAAUCUUCCCCGUCGAGUUCUUCAAGUCCCGCACGAUCCUGAUCUUGUUCUGCAUGACUGCAGCAGGAGCCACAGCGAUCUUCAUCCCCAUCUACAUGGUCCCCAUCUUCUUCCAAUUCACGCGCAACGACACAGCGCUCGAAGCAGGUGUUCGCUUGCUCCCCUUCAUCAUGCUCAUGAUCUUCGCCGUGAUCGGCAACGGUGCCAUCUUGUCCGCGUACGGGUACUACAUGCCAUGGUACCUCGCGGGCGGGCUACUGGUUAUAGCAGGCGGUGCACUGAUGUACACUGUUGACCAAAGCACAAGUAUCUCACGCGUGUACGGCUACACGAUUUUGAUCGGGUUCGGCGACGGAUUAUUCGCGCAAGCGUCUUUCUCAAUCGCGCAAGCAAUCGUAGACCCAGCGCUAAUCGCUUCAGCGGUAGGGUUUAUAACGUGUGCUCAGGUGUCUGGUAGCACGAUUGCGUUGGCGAUUUCGAACAGUGUGUUUUUGAACAAGUCUCAAACGAGUAUCCAGGCCAUUUUGCCGACGACGCCUACCAAGGAGAUUCAGGAGGCGAUUGCGGGGGCCGGGAGCGCAUUUGUGAAGAGUUUGAGUCCGGAAACUAGGGACCAGGUACUCAAGGCUAUUGUCACGGCAAUGAGUAAGACUUAUGUUUUGGUCAUUACGGCGGGCGCUCUUGUGACGGUUUUGAGUUUGGUAAUGAAGAGGGAGAAGCUUUUCUUGGCUGCUGGGGGCGCUGCUUAG